AUGACACCGGGACCGACGACGAAGAUCGAUCUCACGAUGGCGACAGGCGGUAGUGGCGUGUCCGGACCGGAAGAGCGAAAGCGCUGUGGCGAAACAAUCCACUCGGGCCAGUUUAUGGUGUCGCACUUCGAAACCGAAGGGGCCGAGGACGACGAUGACGAUCUUGGCAUGCAGGUCGAAGACGUCAAGCCGAGCCUGAUCUCAACGGAUCCAACAAUCCUGCCGGUACCGACGGUCGAGGGAGUAUCGAACUCGGGAGCGCUGGGGCCACUGCGAAGCGCCAGUAACAGUGCCAGCAUCACCGAACAGAACCAGCUCGCACGAUAUGUCCCUCGGCCGUUGCAUCUCAGUACACGAUCGACCAUAUCGCAAGUGAUCGAUACGGACCUCUCGACGGUAUUCAACACACUUAAUGUAACCUACACACAAAAGCUGACGUCUCCGAAAUGGAAUCCGUUCAAAGGCAUCCGCCUGCGCUGGAAGGAGAAGAUCCGCCUGAACAAUGUUAUCUGGCGAUGCUGGCACAUGCAAUUUAUCAUGAAGCGGAAAACUCUAGUCUGUCAGUUUGCUUCCCCUUUAGACGUAGACGUACAUAGUACCCCGCAGGCCAUUUUACUUGAAGGCAAGUACUGGAAGAGAAAAUGCAACGUUAUCAAGGCGGAGUACAAGAAAUGGCGACGGUUUAACGUAAAUAAAGCAUUAGGUGCAACUAACAUCGUCGAUACGAAUAGCGAAUUAGACUUCUUGGAAUGGUCUCCGAUCAGCAAUGAUCUGUUUAUGAUCACCGAUAAUAUGCCCACGGAUACACUUUUCUCAACACUAGCCCAGUAUCCGUUCCCUGACUCCAGAGAGAUUGCUAGGGGCGCCGGAAGAGCUGAUUUUAUUCAGCCCAGUUUGGGUCCGCUGCAGCCCAAUCUGGACGAUUUGAUGGAUCUGGAUUUGGACUUUCUCACCUUCCCACGACUAGCCCCUGUGCCGGAGGAAGCAUCCGACGAUCUGCUGAAGGCGAUCGAUUACAACUACCCUCUCGGCUCCAAUCAACUGACCGGGAACACCGGUGCCAGUAUACAGGAGGUAACGGACACGACGACCUCGACCCAGCCGUUAGCGGGAAGCACUUCUGGUGGCAUUAGCCUAGGCCAACCACAGUUACCUGCGGCCCUCCAAUAUUCGGCUAAAAUUUUCGCCCAGGCAUUGCAUUCAUCAAAUAGCGGCAGCACAGCGUCCGCCACGACCGUGCCACCGGGCGGAUUUCCGACCGCUCAGCAGUUAAGCAACGCGCUCGACACCUACCUUUCGUCCCUUGGCCCCACCGUGGUGCAACAAGUCAGUACGGCGGCCAGCCAAGCUGCUGCUCAAGUGCAACAACAGCCUCAAGGUUCCGAUCCUCGCGACGAGCUCGGCCGUGGGGGCAAGUCAAAGUUUUCUCGCGCCUACACCAAGCACAACUACGACUCAAAGUAUCCACCGACACCGCAUCAGACGAUGGCUUACAAUAUGGUCUCACAGCCCCACAUGGGACAGCCGGCGAGUACCAGCAGUGCCAUGCUCGGCCCAAACACGGGCUACGCUACCGCUACCGGGGGUUUCCCGAGCGUCCCGACGUCCGGUGGAACUAUACAUCAGCAGCUGGGCCCAACCAAUAGCAACACUAGCGUACAGCAGCAAGGGCCACCUCCCACGGCAGGAAGCAUGCAUCUUCAUUACAACCAUUCCGUGCUGCAGAACGCGACUGCAUCAAAUCCCGUCAAUCUUUCAAACAGUACGGGUGCCAAUCUAGCUAACAGCGCUGGAGUCAGUGGAGGGACUAGUUGUAGCGGCGGUCUCAACAGCCCUCCUCAGCAGCAGCAGCAGCAGCAGCAGCAGGCGGUAAAUUCGGGGCUACUGAUGAAUCAAACGAUGAGCUCGAAGCUGCUCACGCACAGUCAAUCGCUGCCGGUGCCACCAAUGGCGCAAGCGAAGGCUCUCGCACAGCCCCGUUCCACCUCGAUGCCUACCGCACCGAACUAUGGGCAGAUGUUGACCACACAACACUCCCCUCCGGGUAGCUUACACGCUUCGCAAUCGGGCAGCAGCUACAAGUCGUACCACGGUCACCAACCGCAGCCGUACAAGAUUCCGUCGCAAACGGUCGGUGCCGGUGGAUCGUACGGCAGUGGCGUAAGAGCCAUGCGCCAUUCUUCCCCUCCACACGGCACAAUGCUCCAACCGACGGUCCUAUCAUCCGGUGGUACUCCUGGUGGGCCUGGUGCUGCUGGACCAGUGGUCGGUUUAUCGCGCUCUCUGGAACAGUCGCAGCAACAGCUGCAAGAUUUGCAACUCCAGCAGCAACAAACAAUCACAUCUUCAUCGGCCAUUCAACAGCAGCAGCAGCAGCAGCAACAACAACAACAGCAGCAGGCACAACAACAGAAACGUCAUCCACCGCAUCCGACCAAAGAAAUGUUUCGCUCAAACAGUCUCCCGAUCAAUGCGACCUUUCCGCUGCCUCCGAAGGUGGAGGUGGACAACUUUGCCAUGCCUCGGUACCAGUCGCAGAAGGUGCAAAACAACGCAAAGCUUCGAACCCGAAGCCACUCGAUGAUAAUGAAGCAACAAUCGGGUGGAGCUGCCGUGGCCGGUGGAAGUGGUCCCGGAGGCGGCAACCUCGUCCUAGGAAUGGGUGGCAGUAGUAUCGGUGCCCCUAUUGGCGGUAGUUCGCAUCAACUCUCGGCACCGGCGCUUCAUACAACCACCAGUGAACCGAUGCUCAACGUUACCAGCAGUGCGCUGCUCGCACAACUACUAACAACCAACAACGCAAGUACCUUACUGAGUAAACAGUCCCACAGUACAUCAUCAAGUGCCAUAAGUACCUUAACGCAGACUCACUCGCAGCAGCAGCAGCAGCAACAACAGUCAAACCCGUUUCAGCCGGUUUCAAUGGGCGGAAGCACUGUGUCGCCUUCAGCAUCACACCACCAACUGCAGCAGCUGCACCAGCAACAGGCGCACCAGCAUCAACAGAUGUCCACGACCGGUGCGGCAUCCGGUUCGAUGCGCCUUCAAGCGCAAAGCUCAUCGUCGGUCCUAAGCUUCGCCUCCUCGGCCGGUAUGUCGCUUUCUCAGCAAAGCCUUUCGCCCGAAUCUGCGCACGAUACCGACGGUCCACUAUCGCCGACCGGCGGUAAUGGGGGUGCCGGCAGUUCUUCCGGCGGCGCCGGUAGCAAAUUUGCCCGUAACGACAAUCAGCGGCGCACGGGGCACAUUCAUGCGGAACAGAAGCGUCGCUACAACAUCAAGAACGGGUUCGAUACGCUUCACUCACUGAUACCGCAGUUACAGCAAAACCCGAACGCAAAGCUCAGCAAAGCGGCAAUGCUGCAGAAAGGGGCCGAUUACAUCAAGCAGCUGCGUACCGAGCGUACGUCGGCUAACGACCAGAUGGACUCGUUGCGCAGAGAAAUCGAACAACUAAACAAUUCGCUGAGUAAUCUCCAGACGGCCCUGCCAGCCAGUGGUGCCCCCGUGUCCCGCCAGCGCACCGGUCGCGUGAAGGAACUAUACCAACAGUACGUUCGCCAGCGUACGAUGGACAAUUGGAAGUUUUGGAUUUUUGGUCUAAUUUUUGAGCCCCUGAUGAACUCCUUCAACCAAACGGUUUCCGUUGCCAAUAUGGACGAGAUGUGUCGUACCAGCCAGCUGUGGGUUGAUCAACACUGCUCGCUGGUAGAACUUCGGCCAGCUGUUUCGAACAAAUUGCGCCAACUGUCCACUACCACGGACGUCCUCUCGGAUCCUCCCAGUUCGUUGCAGGAGGAGGUACUUAAGGCGAUCUCAACAAGCAGCCUCGUCCCGGGGGGCAGCACUAGUGGUGGGCAUUGCAGCCGUGGCAGCAGCACCGACACCAGCCCACAUCGUUCGUAGAGCAGUGCGAAGAUCGAGAAAAAAGGGGUUUAGUUUUGCCAUCACCGCUCACAGAAUGAAUUUUAUUCGUUUCUAUUUCAUUUCACUUGUUGCAUGGUUGCGGUUUUGUCGCACUUUCUCUAAAGUUAACACCAGAAAUGGAUGCAAUAGGGAUUGUUUUGAGGUCUCCCGGUAAAGCAUACAACACACUCGGCAGCUGGCUGCGAGACUACGUGAGACUUUUUUUGUUUACUGUUACGCGAUCAUUUCGUAGUUGUUGUUAGGCUCUUUUUUUGUUUUCUCUGUAUCGGUACAUGUUUUUUGUUAAUAGAUUCGACAAACGAGGUCAACUGUUGAAUGAUGCAUAUCCGCGGUGUGUCGGAAGUGUGACGGAACGAAACAACGAUCCGCUAUGUGCCUUCGGAAAAGAUCAGGGACAGCAGAGUGGUGUUGCGGAAGGAUGUUACCAUAAUCUCAAGUUCAAGCUAAACCGCAACAUCGGUUGUUGAAGAGACAGAGAGAGAGAGAGAGAGAGGGUUCACUCGCUUUAACCAGAGCGCCCAGAAGAGAAGUCUAAUUAGUCUAUUCGUUACUUUAAUGCGCAUAGCUCGGUAAGCACGCGGUACAGUUACCCUACCACAAAUAGCUCGUUUCGUUUUUAAAGCAUAAGCAAAAAAUGUCGUUUUAACUUACGCGUCGCUAUUUACAUUACCGCUCUAGUUUUGCUCCUUUUACGAUAUUUACACUAAGCUGGACGCACGGACCCUAUGUACAAACCGUUAUUUUGUGUUUAGAAUUCAGUGCGGGCUGUUCGUUUCUUCACUUUGCGCCUAAAUUUACGUGUUUUGUUGCAAAAAAGCCCAAUUCGCCUUUAAGUAGAAUAUUGCGGGGAGGUGAGAGGCGCUGCAGCGACCGUCUCGCAGCAGAGUAAUGGUAAGUGUAGGGCUAAUGUAAUGUAAUGUGAAUUUUUAUAAUUGUGUCUUUGGAAAGGAGAAACGUAACAGAUGGUUUCGCGAGCGCAUGUUAUUAAGUUUCAACAAAGUGAGUGAGUAUGGUUGUGUGUUACGGAGCGAUUCGAUGGCCGGUCACAUGCAUUGUGUUGGUGGGAAUGGCAGUAGCGGCAAAUCCGGCCUCCUUAACGUUCGCUAAGUGGAUCAGAAUGCACGAAUGUAUGAACGGUUGUAAAUGAAUGGAUUCACUCCUCG